AAUACAAAUUGAGUCCCAAAGUUCUCUCCAAUCUGCGUUGCCCUCUGCACUAAAAUACCCCUCUAAAUUAUGUUCUCCGGAUCAUUAUCAUCAACCUUCAAACCAGCUCCACAUUUGACUUGUUGCUGCUGCAAUGGCCUCAAGUUAAUCUUCACUGAUUUCUGUCGAUCUUCUUAGUGGCUACGUUCCUUUUUUCGGUCGAAAGUGGCUAGGUUCACCAGGGAAUUCAUAAAGUGGAGAAGAAAUAAAAGUAGAAUAAAUCGUAUUUCGGUUGAAAAUGUCAUAAACAGCAACAAAUCAUGCAUUGAAAGCACUUUUCACUGAGACCCACAUCCUUUAUACCAUUACCCUUCAACCAUCGCAGCCAGGUCUGUAUCUUGCUUCCUUGACAUUUUCCGGGCGGCAAAAGAUACAUAUUGGUGCAUUAUAUUUAAUGGUAAUGAAGAAUUUUCCUGUACUGCCUAUUUGCAUUGCUUUACUCUUCUUUAGAACCUCCACUUCAUUAGACAGUAUCACUCCGAGUCAGCCUUUAAGAGAUGGUCAGACCUUAGUUUCAAGUGUAGGAGCAUUUGAGCUGGGUUUUUUCAGUCCUGGAAAAACGAAGAACCGAUACGUGGGUAUAUGGUACAAGCAUAUUUCUCCUUUGACAGUGGUAUGGGUGGCCAAUAGAGAAGCCCCGCUCAGUGAUGGCUCGGGAAUUUUAGCAGUGAACGAUCAGGGAAUUCUUGUCCUGGUGGAUAGCACAAAUAGGACUGUUUGGUCAUCUAAUAAUUCUAUAAUAGCUGAGAAGCCAAUUGCAAGGCUCUUAGACACAGGAAAUCUUAUCAUUAGUGACAAAAGAUACAGUGAUAAGGAUCAUUUCAUAUGGCAGAGUUUUGAUUAUCCCUGUGAUACCUUAUUGCCAGGAAUGAAGCUUGGACUUAACCUGGUCACUGGUCUGAAUAGGUUCCUAUCUUCUUGGAAAAGCCCAGAUGAUCCUAGUCAAGGGGAACAUAUACUGAAAUUAUACCCUCAAGGAUAUCCACAAUCAUUUCAAUUGAGGAGAAACGUCAUACAUUUCAGAGCAGGAUCGUGGAAUGGCCUUUAUUUUACUGGAUAUCCAGUUCAAAAACAAAAUCCAGUAUACAUGGCUAAGUUUGUUUUCAAUGAUAAAGAGGCAUAUUAUGAGUAUGAACUCGUGAAUAGUUCAGUUUACUCCAGAAUUACAAUGUCUCCUUCAGGCAUGGGGAUGCGUUUAGUAUGGAGUAAUCAAAGAGGCAUGUGGGAGAUUAUCUCAGCUAACAUGGCAGAUCAGUGUGACAACUAUGGCUUGUGUGGGGCAUACUCUAUCUGCGAUUUUAGUAGCUCCAGUGUCUGUGAGUGCUUGAAAGGAUUUAUGCCCAAAAAUGUGGAACAGUGGAAUAUAUCAAAUUGGUCCGGUGGAUGUGUUCAAAGUGCUCAAAUGGAUUGUAGCAGUAUAGAUGGCUUCCGAAAGUAUAGAGGUGUGAAAUUGCCAGACACAUCUUCGUCCCAGUUUAAUAAGACCAUGAACCUUGAGGAAUGUCAACAAUCAUGCCAGAGAAAUUGUUCUUGUACAGCAUUUGCAAAUUUGGAUAUCCGUGAUGGAGGAAGUGGCUGCUUACUUUGGUUUAAUGAUCUGAUUGACAUGAAGCAAUUACCUCAAGGAGGACAGGACAUUUUUAUUCGUGUCCCUGCUUCAGAGUUAGACUUUUUUGAGAAUAAACGCUAUGGAAACUUCAAUAAGAGAAAGCUCCUAGGAAUCGCUGUUGGUUCUGUUGCAGUAAACAUGGGCAUGAUGCUUAUAAUUUUGGGAUUGAUUAAAUGUGUAUGGAAAAGAAAAGUCAAAAAGUCAGGGAUGACAAAAAUAUGUCAUAAGAAUCCUUGCUACAGUAAAUUAAGAAUGGAAGACACGGAUCUACAGAUAUUUGAUUUGUCAAUCAUUGCUAAAGCCACUGAUAAUUUUUCAAGCGCCAAUAAAUUAGGAGAAGGUGGCUUCGGACCAGUCUACAAGGGCGCUUUGGGAGAUGGACAAGAAUUAGCAGUGAAAAGGCUAUCUGAGAAUUCUGUUCAAGGUUUUGAGGAGUUCAAAAAUGAAGUUUUGUUGAUAGCCAAACUUCAACAUCGUAACCUUGUGAAACUUCUUGGUUGCUGCAUUGAAAGAGAAGAAAAAUUGAUCUAUGAAUACAUGCCGAAUAGAAGUCUAGACCACUUUAUUUUUGAUGAAAGUAGAAGCAAGGUGUUGGAUUGGACAGAGCGUUUCCACAUAAUUAAUGGCAUUGCUCGUGGACUUCUCUAUCUUCAUGAAGAUUCUAGAUUAAGAGUCAUUCAUAGAGAUUUAAAAACAAGUAAUAUUUUACUAGAUACAAAUUUAAAUCCAAAAAUAUCAGAUUUUGGCCUAGCUCGAACAUUUUGGGGAGAUCAAAUUGGGGCCAAAACAAGCAGGAUAGCUGGAACAUACGGUUACAUGCCUCCUGAAUACGCUAUGCAUGGACAUUUCUCGAUAAAAUCAGAUGUUUUCAGUUUUGGAGUAAUAGUACUAGAGAUGAUCAGUGGAAAGAAGAAUAGAGAAUUUUCAGAUUUAGAAGACUUCUUGAAUCUUCUAGGAUAUGCAUGGAGACUCUGGAGAGAAGGAAUGGCCCUGGAAUUAAUGGAUCAAGCAUUAAGAGAAAGAUUCAAUCUAUCCGAAGUCAUGCAAUGCAUACAAGUGGGCCUGUUAUGUGUGCAGCAAAGACCAGAAGAUAGACCAGACAUGUCAUCUGUGGUUUUAAUGCUGAAUGGAGAGAAAUCAUUGGCCGACCCAGGUGUUCCCGCUUUCUACAUUGAAAGUAAAAUGCCUGGAGCAGAUUCUUCCUUGGAAAAAUGUAAACCUUCCUCACCAAAUGAAAUGUCCCUUACAAUAUUCGAGGCAAGAUAGUAUAGACUAAGGCUCUACUUACCUGAAUGGAAAACGUUCAUCAGUAGAAAAUCACUCUCAUUGUGCUGCGAAACAUGAUAGUAAGUCCUAAAACUAUGAUGAAACUUCUACAUUCGAUAUAAACAUCUAAACCAGGAGUUGGGCCCUGCUUGACGUACAUCUUGUCUUCAGUCGUCUUCCUGAGAGACGAGGGCACACCAGUUGCUCCGAUUGUCUCAGGCCAUUUCUACAAGAGCAGAAGAGGGUAGAGGCCUUGUACUUAAUUUUCUUUGUCAAACUUCAAUAUAUCAAAGAAAUUUUCAGAGA